AGGUUGUGACAGCGGUGUUCAUCAGGCAGAGAUGCCGGCUGAGCGAUUCGUGGCGGUGGCUGUGAUUUGCGCUCUGAUGGCGCAAAACUGCCGUGGGGAGCUUGUGGCUCAUGUGCAGGAGCUGAAUCCCGUGCCUGAAUCCUCCCUGCUCAAGCCCAAAGUCAUGAUCGCGAUUCUGGCUCGGAACUCGGCGCACAGCCUGCCGUACUACCUGGGCUGCGUCGACCGCCUGGACUACCCAAAGGACCGGAUUGCGAUAUGGGCUGCAACGGACCAUAAUGUGGACAACACCACAUCCAUGCUGAGAGAAUGGCUGAAGAACAGGCAGAGCAGAUACCAUUACGUGGAGUGGAGGCCCAUGGAGGAGCCACGGUCAUACACAGAUGAGUGGGGGCCGAAACACUGGGCUCCAUCUCGUUUCAAUCAUGUAAUGAAGCUCAGACAGGCGGCACUGAAGGCUGCACGAGAGCGCUGGGCUGAUUAUAUACUGUUUGUUGACAGUGAUAACCUCCUGACCAACCCACGGGUGCUGGAUCUCAUGAUGGCAGAGAAUUUCACACUGGUGGCACCCAUGUUGGAUUCCCGAUCCCUCUACUCAAACUUCUGGUGUGGUAUCACGCCUCAGGGUUAUUACAAGCGCACCCCAGACUACCAGCCUAUCCGUGAGUGGAAGCGCUUGGGCUGUUUCACGGUUCCCAUGGUGCACUCCACCUUCCUGUUGGAUCUGAGACGUAGCGCCACACUCGACAUGGCUUUCCACCCACCUCACCCCGACUACAGCUGGGCGUUUGAUGACAUCAUGGUCUUUGCAUUCUCCGCACGACAAGCUGGUGUACAGAUGUAUGUAUGUAACAGAGAACAUUACGGUUUUCUGCCUGUACCUCUGAAGGCCCAGCAGAGUGUAGUAGAUGAGGAGGAGAGUUUCACACACACCAUCACUGAGGCCAUGAUUGAUCAUAGCAUAAAACCCUCUGAGUUUCUCUUCACUCCACCCAAAUCCCAGGACAAGAUGGGCUUUGACGAGAUCUUUCUGAUUAAUCUGAAGCGGAGGUUGGACCGGAGGGAACGGAUGUUGAACACAAUGGCGGUGCUGGGACUUGAGGCCACGCUGGUUAAUGCUGUAGAUGGCAAGGCUCUGAAUACAUCUCAACUUCAAGCUCUAGGUAUAGAAAUGAUGCCGGGAUAUAAAGAUCCAUACUCUGAUAGGGUGCUGACACGUGGAGAGAUCGGCUGUUUCCUCAGCCACCACUUCACCUGGAAGCAGGUGGUGGAGAGGGGUCUGCAGCAUGUGCUGGUGUUGGAGGAUGACGUGAGGUUUGAGCCUCAAUUUAAAAGGAGGUUACAGACCAUCAUGGAGGAUGUUGAAAAAGCUCAGCUAAACUGGGACCUCAUAUAUGUGGGCCGUAAACGAAUGCAAGUAGCUCAGCCGGAGGUGUCCGUAGAGGGUGUUAAUAAUCUGGUGGAGGCUGAUUACUCAUAUUGGACUCUAGGUUAUGCCCUUUCACAGCAGGGGGCCAAGAAACUCCUCGCUGCUCAGCCAUUUGGCAAGAUGCUCCCUGUGGAUGAGUUCCUGCCAGUCAUGUUCAACAAACACCCAAAUACGGCAUACAUGUCUCACUUUGAUCCCAGAGAUCUGUCUGCUUUCUCUGUUGAGCCGCUGCUGUUGUACCCAACACACUAUACAGGUGAGCCGGGUUACUUCAGCGACACAGAGACCUCCACUAUUUGGGAUGACGAGGCCAUCAACACAGACUGGGACAGACAGUAUGCUAAAAAAACUGCUCAGCAGGAACAAAUUCGCUCCAUUGCUCAGAACAGUGUCACCGGGGACACACCACCGCCUGCGUCCCGAGCCUCGCGAGACGAACUCUGAGUCCUCAAUGUGUUCUCAAACUACACAACUGAAUGACAAAACACACUGACUCAGACAACUCACUCCUCAAUGUCCAGCAGUCCCCUCCUCCUUGGCGACACUUCGGCCAAUAGCAUGACAGCUGGCUGGGAUGCUUGAACACCAUUGGCUGGCUAGUUGAUUUUGCACAAAGACACACAAGCUCCUUUUGUUUUCACUUAUUUACUUCAUGCCUUCCAAGGACCAAACUGUCCUCGGUGGACACUUCAAAGUGUUUAAAGGAUGAAGAAAAAAGGACUGGAUGGAGGAACAUAGACAUAUGGGAAUUAGAUUUGGGUUUGCUAGUGGAUGAACAAGACAGAUGAAUCUUUAUUUUAAUGUUUUCUUUUAUAAUUUUUUUUUCUUUUGUAAUAUAAAAACAGAUACGGUUUAUGCGCAGAGUACUGAAUAAAAGAAUCCUACACAGCCUGUCUACAUUUCUACUGUAUAUUGUCAGGAAGGAAAUUAUAAGUUGAUAU